GGGGCCGGGAGUGUGACGUAGGCAGUUGCGACGCCCGGAGCUGAGCGUGUGGCUCGCGUACGUUGGCGGCGCGCGCGAGGCCCGGCACCGGCAGUUGGUAGCCAGGCGCUGCUGAGCUCGCGCCAACUCCCUCCGUGCCCGUCCUACCAUGUUCCCUGCCGCCCCCGGCUCCCCGCGCACCCCGGGCGGACCCCGCAGGCCCCUCGGGGCCGCCGCAGUCUCCGUUCCCCGGCCGGGCGGCAGGAAGAGCCUGGCGGCGGCCGGCUCCCCGGGGCUGUUCUCCCCGGUGGGGAGGAGGAGCGGCUCCCUGUCGGCGCGAGCAACACCCACAAGAGUCAUACAACAUCCUUCAGCCAGUGAGACUAUCAACUAUGAUGUUAAGAGUUUUGGAUCCUCUCUCCCUGUUAAGGUUAUGGAGGCCCUAAGAAAGGCUGAUGCUGAUGACCCGUUAAGCGUGCAGGUAGAUGAAAGUGGAUGGGCCUGGCUAGUCUACAAAGAGAGGCUGAUUAUUUGGAAGAUUGGUCAAUCACCAGUUGCUAAGUUAUCUGUAUGCAAGGAACUACAGUUGCCAUCCAGUGAUUUCCAAUGGAGUUCUAGCUUGGCAGCUAUAUCCUGCCUCAGUACCUCAAGUGAAGUACCUUCUCUACAAUCUCUGUCAGCAAUGGUUGCCACCAGCGAAGGGUUUGUACGUUAUUGGCCCAGCCUUGUGCAUGAAGGUUCCUAUACGGAGACUUUUACAGACUUUGGAGGCUCUCUGUGCAGUUUUCUAACAGCUGUAAAGGGAGGAAGUUUUGUUUUAUCAUCUUCAAGGGGCCAGCUAGUUCGAUUGAUACCAGACAGUUCUGGUAAGAUCUAUCAGCAUGUCCUGCCACAGGGACAGGGCAUGUUUUCUGGAAUUGGCCGAAGAGUCUCCUCUCUCUUGGGGAUUUUAUCUCCCAGUAAUGAUGCUGCGCUUUCUAGUGUUCUUUGGGACAAAGAGAGAUCAAGCUUUUAUGCACUGACCAGUUCAAAUCUAAACAAAUGGGAGAUAGACGAUUCUACUGAACGUCAAGUUCUCAGCUGGGAUAUCAACAGAAUCCUUAAAGAACACAUCACAGAUGCAAUUUGGGGCUCUGAAAGUAGCUAUGAAGAUAUUAAAGGAGGAGUCAACGUUCAGUAUUUGGAUUUGCAGCGAAACCGUGAUGGACUGGUAAUUUUGGCUGCAGCAUGGCAUCUUGGAGACAGUCCAUGUCUCACCUAUUACACUCUCAUAACAGUGGAGGAUAAAGGUUACCACAUGUCUGAUGAUGUUGUUGUGGAGGUCACCCAAUAUAAUCCACCCUUUCAGUCUGAAGAACUGAUGUGCUGUUUCGUGGUCCCAGACUUCUUUAGCCAUGCUGCCUACCUGUAUACUGAAGAUGAGGUCUUUGCUUGUUCAACUGGAACUGGAAGAAUUUCUUUACCACAGGAGAAAAUUUUUUUUGGUGCACAAGGUGAUAGCAUUUUAGGAGCAGGUUCUUACACUGGAGUUCCCAUUUUUUUCACCAGAAAAAGUGGGCUUGUGGCCAUCUUUUCUAGGGAAAAUGUGUCUGUGCUUCCUGAAGACCUUGAGGAUUCCCUGUCAUCUUCUGUAGCUGGACCAAACAAUGAGGGUUCUGCAUUUGAUGCUACCAGUAGAAUGGAGAUUAUAGCACAAGAGGAUAAAACUAAAUUACUGAAAGCUGCUUUUCUACAGUACUGCAGAAAAGAUGUAAUCAGUGCACAGAGCAUGGUUGUUGAGCUCUUUCCACCAAAUGCAGACCUGGAUUCUGAUACUGAACUGGAUAGAGCUGUAAUUCAGAUCAGUGUAGACUUAGUGGAUGAUUACCCUGCAUCUGACCCACGAUGGGCUGAAUCUGUACCAGAGGAAGCAGCUGGUUUCAGCAAUACAUCCCUUAUUCUCCUUCAUCAGUUGGAGGAUAAGACGAAAGCCCAUUCUUUCUUCAUUGACUUUCUUCAUCAGGUUGGCUUAUUUGAAUGUCUGGGCAGUUUUCCAGUAAGAGGGAUGCCAAUGACAACUCGAUUGUUGCUCUGUGAACAUGCAGAAAAGUUAGCAGCAGCCAUUGUUCUCAAGAACCACCACUCCAGACUGCCAGACUUGGUGAACACCGCUAUAUUGAUUGCUUUAAACAAAAGGGAAUGUGAUAUUCCACAAAGUCUUACCCCUGCAGAUGUUUUCUUUAGAGAGGUAUCCCAGAUAGAUACGAUCUUUGAAUGCUUAUUAGAUCAUGAGGAGCAAAUCUUGAAGGAUACACCAAUUGAAUCCAUUGAGUGGGCCCAGAUAGUUGUCGACGUGAAUAACAUCAUAAAGGAUAUGCUACAAGCUGCCAGCCAGUAUCGCCAGUCUAGAGCCUCUUUAUAUAAAACAGGAGAGCUCCCGGAAAGAGAACCUGAAUAUGUUCCAUGGACAGCAUCUAGUGGUCCAGCUGGCAUACGAACAGCAAUAAUACGUCAGCAUGGAAUUAUUCUGAAAGUUGUUUAUCCUCAAGUGGAUAGUAACCUCCGUAGCAUUGUGGCUGAACAGUUGGUGGCGCUGCUAGAUUGCUUUCUAGAUGGCUUUGUUUCUCAGCUUAAAUCUGUGGACCGGCCUGCUGAUCAAGAGAGAUACAAUAAUCUAGAAAUGGAAUAUAUUCAGAAAAGAUCGGAACUUUUGUCUCCUCUUCUUUCCCUAGGACAGUAUCAGUUGGCAGCUGCUUUAGCAGAGAAGUACUGUGACUUUGAUAUCUUGGUACAAAUGUGUGAGCAGACUGAUAAUCAGGCCAGACUACAACGUUAUAUGACGCAGUUUGCAGAUCAGAAUUUUUCAGAUUUCCUGUUUCGUUGGUACUUAGAAAAAGGAAAGCGAGGAAAGCUGUUAUCUCAGCCUAUUGCUCAGCAUGGACAGCUGGCCAGUUUCUUGCAAGCUCAUGAGCAUCUCAGUUGGUUACAUGAAAUCAAUAGUCAAGAUCUGGAAAAGGCUCACAGAACGCUGCAGGCUUUGGCAAAUGUGGAGACCAGAUAUUUUGCAAAAAAGAAAACUCUUCUUGGCUUGAGUAAACUAGCUGCAUUGGCAUCUGACUUUUCAGAGGACUUAUUGCACGAAAAAAUAGAAGAAAUAUCAGAACAGGAGCGUUUUCUGUUACAUCAGGAGACCUUACCUGAACAACUGCUGGCUGAUAAACAGAUGAACCUCAGUGUCAUGCCUGUAUUGACUGCACCUCAGCUUAUCGAUCUGUACAUAUGUGAUGAGAACAGAAGAGCUAAUGAGUAUGACUUCAAGAAAGCAUUGGACCUGCUGGAAUAUAUUGAUGAGGAGGAGGAAGUGGAUGUAAAUGAUCUUAAGCUUAAAAUUCUUUGUAAAGCUCUCCAAAGAGACAGUUGGUCCAGUUCAGAAGGUAAAGAUGAUCCAAUUGAAGCAUCUAAAGACAGUAUAUUUGUGAAAAUACUACAAAAGUUAUUGAAAGAAAGAGUUCAGCUCAGUGAAUAUUUACCGGAGGUGAAGGACUUGUUGCAAGCAGAUGAACUUGGCAACUUGAAAUCCAAUCCUUAUUUUGAAUUUGUGCUAAAGGCAAACUAUGAACACUAUGUUCAAGGACAAGCAUGAUGACUUUUAACAUUUUUGAAAGUAGAAAUUUCUAAAGAACUGAAUUAAAGCAGUGUAUACUUUUUUACAUUCUGUAUGUACUUCGUUAAACCUUUGUAAUAAAGUUUAUACAGUAA